AAAAAAAAAAAGAAGAAUGGAGAGAUAUAGAUAAUGACUUGUUGCAGUUGUAAUCAUGGGAGUUCUUCUGGCAUUCCAUGUGCUUCAAUCAACUCCUCCCACUUCCUAUUAUUCUACAAAAACAAUCUAAUACUAAUUCUACUACUUUCACUUCCCAUUAUAUAUACUCAUUCUUCUCCCUCUCUUUUUUCCAAUGUUCUAGGAUAACAAUUCAUCAAAUUCUCCGAAGAAAUCUCCAGGAUGAGUAGUACUAUAAGUCCAGCACCUUGUACUAGAUCAUGGUCGAUUAGUGAGGAUUCGUUGAGGAGAUAUGUGUUCCAUGCCAGUGAGAAUUGCAUCCAGGAGUUGCUGUCGGCGUCGGACUCCGGCGACCGGGGAUGGAAAAUAUUGGGCAUAGAUAACGGCGGCGUCGAGAUAUCGAAACGCCGGUCAGGUUCGCUUCAUACUUUCCGGAGCCGUUGGCUGCUAAAUUCUGUUUCUCCUCAACAGUUCAUGACUGUAGCUAAUGCCAUCGAUGCUGCAAGGCAAUGGGACCGUGACUUAGUAGAAGCCAGAUACAUUAAAGAUCUCGAAGAUAACCUAAGCAUAAUACGCCUUAGGUUUGGAGACAGCUCCAAGCCUCUCUUCCGGAACAGAGAAUUUAUUGUCUAUGAGCGACGUGAAACUAUGGAUGAUGGAACUUUGGUAGUAGCAGUGGCUUCUCUUCCAAAAGAGAUAGCAGCAGGGUUGCAGCCAAAGCAAAACAAUGCAAUACGAGGCCUACUAUUGCAGUCAGGCUGGGUGGUUGAGAAACUUUCCGACCACUCUUGCAUGGUCACUUACGUUGUUCAGCUAGACCCUGCAGGAUGGCUGCCCAAGUGCUUCGUGAAUAGAUUGAAUACAAAAUUAGUUAUGAUAAUUGAAAACCUUAAAAAGCAAGUGCUGGCUUGUCCCACCAAUGUUGUUGAACAUGAUUCAUGAUUAUUGCUACUGUACAAACGCAAAGGAAACUAAAGCUGAGUAAUAUAUUUUAUAUGAUAUGAUGAAGAAAUCAGAUAUGAUUAUUAUAGUUAAAUACAUAUGAAUCAAAAAGUUGAACAUA